AUGGCAUGGUGUGACCGUGGAGUGCAGACUUUGCUGGCCAUCGCGGGGGCCUUCGUCGCCUUCAGUCUCAUGACCAUCGCCAUCGGCACCGACUACUGGCUGUACACGCGGGCGAACAUCUGCAACGCCACCAAUGUCACCGCCGACGAAACCCAGCAAACCAAGAGAGUGAAGGGAGACCUAACGCACUCCGGCUUGUGGAGAAUCUGCUGCAUUGAAGGUAUCAACAAAGGGAGCUGUUUUCGAAUCAAUCAUUUUCCAGAGGAUAAUGACUAUGAUACAGACAGUUCAGAGUACAUCUUACGUAUAGUGCGUGCAUCGAGCCUCUUUCCAAUUCUCAGCACCAUCCUUCUGAUGUUGGGCGGUCUGAGUGUCGGGGUUGGACGCAUCUACAACAGCAGAAACAACAUCCUGCUCAGUGCAGGGAUCCUGUUUGUGGCUGCAGGCCUGAGUAACAUCAUUGGCAUCAUUGUGUACAUCUCCAGCAAUGCCGGCGAUCCCAGUGACAAGAAAGACGAGGACAAGAAGAACCACUACAGCUACGGCUGGUCCUUCUACUUCGGUGCCCUCUCCUUCAUCGUGGCCGAGUCAGUGGGUGUCCUCGCUGUCAACAUUUACAUUGAGAAAAACAAAGAGACACGCUUUAAAGCCAAGCGUGACUUCAUGAAAUCCACCGCCUCCUCUUCUCCAUACUCUCGCAUUCCAAGUUACCGCUACAGACGGAGGCGCUCACGUUCCAGCUCAAGAUCGUCCGACCCGUCUCGUGAGCCGUCCCCGGUGGGAAUGAAAAUUGGUGGAGGAUCAGCCCGGGGAGGGUUGGGGAUGGGUCUGCCGAUGGGAGAUAUAUCCAUGUACACCCUCAGCAGAGACCCUUUGAAGGGUGGAAGUGGGCCGUACAGCCCUGAGAGGGACUUCUUGCAAGUCCACAAUUGCUUCCAGAAAGAUGCAAAAGAUGGAGCGAACCGUAGGACCACACCUGUUUGAGGUCAGGAGUGUAAUUCAGUUAAACAAUGAGCACGAUGGAGCAAAUUAAAUGUUGUUCAGUGGUUGAGAAAAAGGACAAUCUCCCCACAGGACUGUUCAGACGGCAGGAACACUGAAAGGUCAGAUUCCCUUUUUCUUGCACCCUUCUGUGACAGAAAAGUAGAAAGGUUUGAGACGAUGGAAGACAAAAAUACACUUUAAAAUAACAUCUUCUUCUUCCCUGGAAAAAAAUGGUUGAAGACAAAUGUAGCAAUA